AUGGAAUUCGUGCGCCUCUCCACGGCAAGCUCGCAAGACCUAGCACGCUUCGGCCCAUCCUCAUCAAGGAUCCCAGCCACCAGGUUAUGCGGCGAUAGAACGGACGUCAAGAGAUUCUGGAGGGGCGAUGCCUUUCCGAGGCAGGCCCUCGCGCGGAUGUGAGACCUGUCGACGCCGGAAGAUAAAGUGUGACUUACGUGAAUCUGGCUGUGAGAAGUGCGAGAAGGCAGGAUGGAAGUGUGAGGGAUAUCGGGACCUCACCUCUCUAUUGUUCCAUGAUGAGAGCGACCGUAUCAUCAAGAAGGUUCACGCCCAGAAGGGUACUCGACGCCGCAUAGAAGAUGACGCUACCGCCGCCUCCACUGCAGCUGCCACGGCACUACCAAGUCCACAGUCAUCAGCAGUAUCUGAAGCACCGAGCGAAGAAGAACUGCAGCUUACUCCCCAAGUUUCGGUGGUACAGGUGCCUCGCUUUGGAAGUGGAAUCAUCACGCCCACCUCACCACGACCACCACCAGUGAGUUUUCAUGCUGGCCUCGAUGAUCUGGCGAUUGCCCAAUUCUUCGAGAAGUAUGUGUAUAAGUACCAUGAUAAAAGAGAUCAAUGGGACAUUGAUGUCGGCAAUGGCUGCCUCAUGGCAGCUGUCAAAGCCCUUGGCACCGUGGACGCUGUCAAGAAUAUGGGCCAAGGGCGGAUGCUGGAGCCUGAAGCCCAGAAGCGUUACGUUUCUGCUAUCCAAAAGAUCAACACUGCCCUACAGGAUCCACAAGGUCGGACUCAAGACAGCACAUUGUUGGCCAUCACUAUACUGGGCGUCUUCGAAUGCGUCUCUGGCUUUCAACGAAACUUGGACUCCUGGCGGGAGCAUGUCAAUGGGGCAGCGUCUUUGCUACAACUGCGCGGUAGCGAGCAGUUCAAGACUCAGACGGGAUGCCGCCUCUUCCUCCAAACUUGUACGAACCUCAUCAUGAGCUGUCUGAGCAGACGACUGCCAAUCCCAGCCCACGUGCGUGCUAUGCAGAAGAUCGCAGAAAGUUUCAUACCUAACCCUCGCGAGAGUGUCUGGCGUUUCCAUCUGGCCAGUCUCAAGAUCGCAGAUCUGAACAGCCGCUUACUGCCUGGUAACUACCCAGUAUCGUCAGAGCAAGCGCAACUCAUCAUUGAUGACGCUCUCUUCCUUUACGCUGAACUGGAAUCCAUCUUAGCUGACGCCCCUCCCAAUUGGAAACCUCACUACGUUGCUGCAACGGGACGUAUGGUAUACUCCGACUACUAUUAUGUCUUCGACAGCUAUGUCAUAGCACAGAUCAUCUGCGGUAAUUGGAGCUUUCGAAUCAUGCUCAUCGACAUUCUACGAAAGGCACUGGUAAAUUUACGAACCUCAGGAAGAAAAGUCAAUCCAGAACAGUUGGACAAGAUACAGUUUUACAUGAGCACCAUCAGACAGUUGCAGUUGAGCAUCUUGGCUGUUAUACCUCAGCACUUGAGUCACACCUUUCCGAUCAUACAUGCGCCGGAUUCGAGUGGUCAGGCGCAAGAUCAGCUUGUGGACUUCAACUCGCGAGACCAUCACCCCUUCAAGCAAGCUGAAAAGGAUCGUGGUACUUUACCGUGGGUCAGGAUGUCAGGAGGCUAUCAAACUCAGUUCCCUCUCUUCACCGCGGGCGCUGCUGACCCCAUGGGUGGUCCGAUUCGGACAUGGGUCAUUGGGGUAUUGAAGACGUUACAUCAGACUUUGGGAAUUCAGCAGGCGGCAAUACUGGCCAGUCAACUCGAACAAGGUGAUGACUCUGGCUCUGGAAUUCCCGAGGACAUGUGGCAUUGCACUUUACCGCCCUAAGAAUCGCGCUUUCGACACCAA